GCAAGCGUGACGAAUUAAAUUUUCCUAGUCCACGAAUAUCUCCAUUUCCGGCUUCUUUUGCUUCUCCUUAAUCUCCGACAUCUAACGCCGACCACUCCCUCCCGCGAUGGCGAGACGAGGAACCAUCACCCACGUCGUCUUCGACAUGGACGGCCUCUUGCUCGAUACGGAGAGUUUUUACACAGAAGUCCAGGAAAUUAUACUUGCAAGAUAUAAUAAAACAUUUGAUUGGUCUCUCAAGCCAAAAAUGAUGGGCAAGAAAGCAAUUGAAGCUGCUCGAGUCUUUGUUGAAGAAACUGGAAUCAGUGAUGUUCUCACUGCUGAGGACUUUCUAGUGGAAAGGGAAGAGAUGUUAAAAACAAUGUUUCCCACAAGUGAGCUGAUGCCAGGGGCUAGCCGCUUGAUCAGACAUCUUCAUACAAAAGGGAUACCAAUCUGCUUGGCAACAGGUUCCCAUCAGCGCCAUUUUGAACUGAAGACUCAAAGACAUGGUGAACUUUUUUCCUUGAUGCAUCAUGUGGUGCUUGGUGAUGACCCAGAAGUCAAACAAGGAAAGCCAUCGCCAGAUAUAUUCCUGGCAGCAGCCAGGAGAUUUGAGGGUGGACCGGUUGAUCCGCUCAAUAUUCUUGUGUUUGAAGAUGCUCCAGCAGGAGUUAACGCGGCUAAAAAUGCUGGGAUAAAAAACAGUUUCAACUGAUAGCAAAGUACCAUCAUGAAAGUUCCCACUGUGCUUGAGUUCGUAGGGGCAAUGACUGAAAUGACAUUCAGUCCAUUCUUCCACACUAUAGUUCGUAAAAUAAAUUCCGAAGCUGGUUGAUACAUCUGAAGGCAGAAUAGUGGAUAUGCUUGAUUCAAUUAUAAGGUUGUCAUCAAGUUUGAAUAGUCAGAUUAUGUUCAGACUGGCUGCUUCUGCUGAUUCUUCUUGCAGGGUAAUGCUUGAAGUAUGACAAUCUUUGAUUCAAAAUUUGGUUGAACUGUUGCAAAUAGUAGGAAGUCUAAUCUCCUUUCAAAUUCAAUGCAGUCAAAUAGUUGAGGACAUUGUAUAAAUUUGUACUUUUGAAAGUUCAUUUGCAACAACCAUAACAACUAAAGAAUCAUCCUUAUAAAACUUUAAUUUGGAAUAUCACAUGUAUUGAUGCAGGGAAGUUCCAUGAAGUGGUUAUUUCUGAUCUACUGGAUUGCUGAACAAUCAACUUUUAGUAUCUUUAUGAAUUUCAUCAUCGUUAGCCUUAGUCUGGAAUAAUAAGCAGAGAAAGGUGAUUCUAACUGAACUCAGGGAUGUGAACAGUGGCGUGCAGUAAUGUAGGGCUUGAUCACAUAUUUUAGGCUGUACAAGACAUUAUGGGGUCUAAAUUUGGGAUCGCUGUCUGGGACUUUCGAAGUAGAAGGUAGAAUUAGCUAAAUGUUCUGGUACUGAAAUUUGUAGUGCAAUGUGGCUUUAGAUGAUCCACCCCCAUGGUUUUCUUUUUCUCCUGCUAUUACAUUUUCCCUCCAGCUGAACUUAAUUCUUCCAAAUGAGGUACGUUCCUUUAUUAGCUGCCCUCAUUUCAUUCUUUGUUACUCAAAUGAUUCAUAGUGCAUUUGGUUGCUCUAUUUCGUAGAUCUCUUCUUUUCUCUUAUACCUUGGCCAUUUUGAUUUCUAAUGAGGAAUUUUCUUGCAUCUAAUCUGCUGUUCCUGCUGUUAAUAUCAAAACAUUGCAGCAUUGGAUUGUUUGGAUUUAUCUCUUGCUCCCUCUGCUAAUAUAUUCC